GACUCCCUCCUGCGACUGCGCUCUCCGGGUCCACCGGCACUACCGCUCCCAGAGAGCGCAGCGGCGGAGAGUGACGUCACGCAGCCGCCGACCAACUGCGGCUCUCUUCGGUCACGUGACGCCCUUAUCAGUGGCAGCCGCAGAAUAAAGAAGUCAUAAUACUGGUGUAUACAGAGGGCAGCGUCCUGAGUGAUGGAUGUAGGCGUUAAAGAGUUUGAGGAUAUUGCAGUAUCCUUUUCUGAGGAAGAAUGGGACUCGCUGGAAGAAGAGCAGAAGAGGCUUUAUAGAGAUGUGAUGAUGGAGAAUUACCAGUCACUGCGUUCCGUAGGCAGCGUCUCUAUGAAGCCGGAGGUAAUAACACAGAUUGAGCGGGGAAAAGAGCCCUGUGUGAGGGACCAGGAGCAGUGUGAGGAGGAGGAGAUCACUACAGCAUGCAUCAUUAUUAAUGCAGAAAUGGUAUCAAGGCUCCAACAAGUUCUAUAUGAUGACGACUCCUCAGACUGUGUAUACGUGGAAAUUGAUUCCGAUAGCGAGGAGGAAAAAGGCCAAUUACAACUGGAGGAGGAGGAAGAGGAUGACCAAUCAGAUUGUGUCUAUGUAGAGCCUGAUGGUUAUUCAGUGGUUGAACCUAGAACAGAGACGAGUGUGCAGGAUCCAGAGCUGUACGAGGAUGACGAUUCUUCAGACUGUAUCUAUGUGGUGCCUGAAGAGAAAGCCGAUGAACAAAGUAAAGAUACAGCGGCAACAGAACUGGUGUCUGAAGAGGACGAGGAUGGUGAUGAGGAUCAUUACUAUGGUGACGAUGACAAAGCUCAUGAGGACGAGGAUGGUGAUGAUGAUCAUUACUAUGAUGACGAUAAUGUUGAUGAUGACAAAGCUCAUGAGGAGGAGGAGGAGGAUGAUGAUGAUGACAACGACAAAGCUCAUGUGGAGGAGGAUGAUGACGACGACGAUGACAGCUCUUCGGAUUGUGUCUUCGUGGAGCCAGAGACUGUACCAAAGAUGGAAAAUGGAAAAGAGUUAUUUGUGAAAUAUGAAGAGCAUUAUGUGGACGAUGACAUUUCUAUACUUGAGGUCCCGGGUGUAAGGGGCACUGACCCACCCAACAGCUCACACAGUCAGCAUUGGCAACAAAAAACGGAUGCAGACACAAACAGAGACGACUGGACAAUUGAAAAUGUUGUCACUCCGGUGAAUCAUGAAUUCAACAAAGGUCGAAAUCCGGUGACUGAGAGCGCGAUCAAUUUAUGGUUUGUGAAGAAAACCGCGGUAAACAAUGUGAACUCAGACCAAGACGCAACUGCCGCGGGAUCCCCUGGUGUCUUAGAGCGUGUACAAGAAAGCACUCGUCCUAACGUCUUCUUAAAGGAGUCGAUGGAUAAUGAAAGAACGCACAAUGUAGAUAUACAGUUCAUGUGUCCGGUAUGCCCGGAAACGUUUGACAACGUGUCUGAGUAUUUCGAACAUCAUAAAGUUCAUGAGACAAAAACCCCAGUUUGCCUGGAAUGUGGUGCGCUGUUCCGGGAUAAAGCCGCUCUAGAAGAACACCUGCUUACUCACAUAGAGGAGAAGAUUCGGGUGUGUCAGGAAUGCGGGCAGUGUUUUGCCACACUAUCGGAACUGGAGGCGCACGUAAGAAGUCACAAAGGAGAAAAACAAUGGCCAUGCCCCCAGUGCGGAAAAUGUCUUUAUUCUAAGUCAGGUCUCGACAGACAUCAGCUAAUACAUAUACGAGACAAGCCGGUCCCCUGCCCGGAGUGUGGGAAAUCUUUCGUCAAGCAGUCCAAUUUCGAGAUGCACCUUCGGCUCCACGCUGGCGAGGAGCUGUACCCCUGCACCGAGUGCGAGAAACUGUUCAGCACCAAGCACGCGUGCGAACGGCACAUCCGAGCUCACACCAUGGAGCGGCCGCACGGGUGCCCGCAGUGUGGGAAGCGUUUUCUGUAUAACGGCUGCCUCAUUAAGCACAUGAGGGUACACACGGGCGAGAAGCCCUUCUGCUGCACCGAAUGCGGGAAAUGCUUCGCUCAAAGUUCCAGCCUCAAUUGCCACAAGCGACUUCACGAAGAUGAGAAACCUUUUGUUUGCCUUGAAUGCAAGAAGUGCUUUACCAAGAAAUUCAAUUAUGAAAUGCAUCUGCAGAUUCACGCGAAGGAGAAAUUGCUAACUGAAAUAGCCCAAAUUGCUUGUGACAAUACAAUGAACAUGGCACCGCCUGUUAACGUGGACAGUAAAAAUAGUGUUAGCGGUGUCUCAUUUAGCGAGAGACCUGUUGGCAAUGUUCCAUUUAGCGAGAGACCUGUUGGCGAUGCUCCAUUUAGCGAGAGACCUGUUGGCGAUGCUCCAUUUAGCGAAAGACCUGUUGGCAAUGUUCCAUUUAGCAACAGACCUGUUGGCGAUGCUCCAUUUAGCGAGAGACCUGUUGGCGAUGCUCCAUUUAGCGAGAGACCUGUUGGCGAUGCUCCAUUUAGCAACAGACUUGUUGGCGAUGCUCCAUUUAGCGAGAGACCUGUUGGCAAUGUUCCAUUUAGCAACAGACCUGUUGGUGAUGCUUCAUUUAGCGAGAGACCUGUUGGCGAUGCUCCAUUUAGCAACAGACUUGUUGGCGAUGCUCCAUUUAGCGAGAGACCUGUUGGCAAUGCUCCAUUUAGCAACAGACCUAUUGGCGAUGUUCCAUUUAGCAACAGACCUGUUGGCAAUGCUCCAUUUAGCAACAGACCUGUUGGCAAUGUUCCAUUUAGCGAGAGACCUGUUGGCAGUGUUCCAUUUAGUGAGAGACCUAAUAUCAGUUCUUCAUUUAUCGAGAGGCCUGUUAGUGAAGUCUUAUAUAACGGGAGGCCUAUUAUCGAUUCCUUUUUUAGCGAGAGGCCAAUUAUCGAUUCGUCAUUUAACGAGAGACCUUUUAGCGAUGUCUCCUUUAGCGAGAGACCCGUUAUCGACUUGUCAUUUAUCGAUGAGCCCAUUAGUGAUGUCUCGUAUGGCGAGAGGCCUAUGAGUGAUGUCAUGUUUAGCGAUAAGGAUAUAAACUUUAACACUGAAGAGAAGCAGCACAUUUGUCCCGUCUGUCAGAAGAGCUUCCUGUACAACGGCUGCCUGGUGAAACACUUCAGGACUCACACAGGAGAAAAGCCUUACCUUUGUACAGAAUGCGGAAAGUGUUUCGCGCAAACCUCCAGUCUCAAUUGUCACAAGAGAACUCAUACGGGAGAGAAGCCCUUUAUUUGCCCCCAGUGCGGGAAAGGUUUCACCAGCCAGUCUCACGUCCACAGACACCAGGCGAUUCACAGAGUGGACCGGUCUUUUUUAUGUAGCGGGUGCGGGAAAGAAUUUUCGCAGCGGUCUUACCUUUUAAAACACCAGAGGAGGAUGACUUGUACACAGACACUCUGACGCAUUUAACUUUUUUUAAAUAUAAAAUAUUUUACAUUCUUAUGAAAGAA